ACCGACGCAAGAAUGUGUGGCCAUGCAAAGGAAGACGAUGAAGACCCCAAAGAAUAUAUGCUCAUGGAAGUACGUGAUAGAUUAAUAGGAGAAGAAAUAAUUCGUCGUUAUGAUGAAGAAUACGGAAUUGCCUCAUCAUGGCUCGAUACCAAUGAGGAAUGGAAAAAAACGGUUAACAUACUUCAAGAAAAUGGUAUGUUAUG